UCUACCUACAUUUGCAGACGCAGCUCGUUGCCCGGCCUGGGGUCACCACCGGAACCUCCUGGAGACCUGCCCUGCGGAGGACGCCCUUCCAGCACAGGAGAGCUCGCCACUUGGGAGCGGCGGCGCCCAGUUGGCGCCCACCCCGGGGCACGCUGCAGUCAAUGCCUGGCAGCGACUUCUCGCUUCACCCUCCGCCUCCCCCAUCGACCCUCUCUGGCCGACCUUUACGCCCAACUCCGUCGCGCUGCGAGCCUCGCGUCCUCGCGGUCCACGCGGGGCCCCACCCCUUCCCGGUUCCUGCCCGCGAUCGGGCCGGAGGCGAGGUGAAUGGGAAGAUGGAGAUGGAUGUUGAGGGAGUUUCUCCGCGCCCGGAGCCCAUCCCCCGCUCCCAGGGGGCUGGCGGAGCCUGCCAGGCGCCGCCACAGCCGCCCCAGCCCCAGCCCCAGCCCCAGCCGCAGCCGCAGCAGCAGCCGCUGGCUCAGGAUGAAGUGCCCGGCGGUGAGAGUGCAGGCGCGGAGGAUAGCGACGAUCCCGAGGCGAGACCCAGCAGGGAGAAAGGAGAGAGCAAGAGACCCUCGGCCAGCAAGUCUUCGGGGGCUCCUUCCUAUAGCAGAUGGUCCAGUUCACAGCCACAUCAGUCUAGCUCCACAGUGAGAGCCUAUCAAACUAGUAAGUCCCGAGUGACCAUGAGCCCUGGCUUCAGCUCUCAGUGGAACAGCAGCCAACCAGCCUGGAACACAUACUCCUUCCCAAGAGCCAGCUUGCACUAUCAGUCCCAUGCCAGCUAUGCCUACUGUACUGGACACCCUGCUCAGUCCUAUGCACCAGCUCCCCACCCCAUGGCUCCUCCCAGCCCCAGCACAAACAGCAGCAGCAACAACAGCAGCAGCAACAGCAGCGGGGAACAGUUGAGUAAAACGAACCUGUACAUUCGAGGCCUUCCACCAGGCACCACUGACCAGGACCUAAUCAAGCUGUGCCAACCGUAUGGAAAAAUUGUAUCCACAAAGGCAAUUCUGGACAAAAACACAAAUCAGUGCAAAGGUUAUGGUUUCGUAGAUUUUGACAGUCCUGCAGCUGCACAGAAAGCAGUAGCAUCUCUCAAGGCAAAUGGCGUGCAGGCACAGAUGGCCAAGCAACAAGAGCAAGACCCAACAAACCUAUACAUCUCAAAUCUCCCCAUUUCCAUGGAUGAGCAGGAACUUGAGAAUAUGCUGAAACCCUUCGGACACGUCAUUUCCACAAGAAUACUAAGAGAUGCUAAUGGAGUCAGCAGAGGUGUUGGCUUUGCCAGAAUGGAGUCUACUGAAAAAUGUGAAGUGGUCAUUCAACAUUUUAAUGGAAAAUAUCUGAAAACACCACCAGGCAUCCCAGCCCCUAGUGAGCCUUUACUGUGCAAAUUUGCUGAUGGAGGACAAAAGAAGCGACAGAAUCAAAGCAAAUACACCCAGAAUGGAAGGCCUUGGCCCAGGGAAGGAGAGGCUGGCAUGGCUCUGACCUAUGACCCCACAGCUGCCAUACAGAAUGGAUUUUAUUCUUCACCGUACAGUAUUGCAACCAACCGCAUGAUUCCACAGACAUCUAUCACGCCAUUCAUUGCUGCUUCCCCUGUCUCCACAUACCAGGUCCAGAGUACUUCAUGGAUGCCUCAUCCGCCAUACGUUAUGCAACCAACAGGUGCUGUGAUUACGCCGACAAUGGACCAUCCUAUGUCAAUGCAGCCAGCAAACAUGAUGGGCCCCCUGACGCAACAGAUGAAUCAUCUUUCAUUGGGCACAACAGGAACGAUUCAGUCCCAAGACAGGAUUAUGAUACUCCACCAGCUGUUGUGUCAGUAUAUGACUGCUGCCGCUCUCCUAUGCAAGGGACCUACCAUUCCCCAGUACACGCCUGUGCCUCCAACAGCUGUUUCUAUUGAAGGUGUUGUUGCUGAUACCUCUCCCCAGACAGUGGCACCUUCAUCCCAGGACACCAGUGGUCAGCAGCAACAGAUAGCAGUGGACACAUCCAGCGAACAUGCACCUGCAUAUUCUUACCAACAGUCUAAACCAUAAACAAGACUGAAGAAUGUUCGUCGGAAACAUUGCCUUGAACGAAGAAACUUCAUUGAACAGGAAGUUGGCUUCCAGUUUGCACGGGCGUCAAUGGAAUGCUUUCUUUCUUUCUUUCUUUCUUUUUUUUUUUUUUUUAAUUUUCUACUUUACCCAGUGAAAACAAAGUGUUUUUAUGUGCCGUGCAAAUGGUUCCUUCAUGUGGUCUGACAGUUUAUUUUUGCCAUCUUUUUUUUUCUUAAGAAAAAAAUCCCAGAAGAGGAAACAAACAAAAACCAACAACAAAACAAAACACAGAAGGUUGACAUUUUAUCUGGAAGACCAUUUGAAUUCAGAAUUUACCAGAAGAUGUAGACAGAUUUUUGUUUUUUUAAAACAGAAAAUCAGAUAUCAAGAGGUGGGCAAAGCAGAAAUGGAAACAAAUUGUCUUCCUUGGUAAUUAAGCUACCCUUUCUUUUCCCCUUUUUGUUUAAAUCUAGUGGGUUGGUUUUUUAUUUUAUUUUUUUCUUAGAAAUAUUUAGGUACGGUUUAUCUUGAAUCUUAAUUGCCUUAAUUUUAAGGACGUCAAAGGCUCUCAAGGCAAGCUGUCAACGUCUUGUUAAAAAAAAAAUUCAAGAAAGAAUUGAAAUAUUGUGCCGGCUUUAACUGGUACAGAAGUUUAAGACUAUGAGUUUUUAGGGUGAAAAAAAAAAACUGUACAGUUUAAAAGAAAAUGUUUUUCUUCAUUUGAAGAAAAUUUGUUGAUAAAAGAAACCAUGGCAACUGCAAGAAUUGGGAAAAUGCUGGGACUUUUCAUGAACUUUGUCUUAAGUGUUGAAUCAUUCUAGAAGGCUAAAACAUUUUACGGUAAAGUUAUUAAUGUUGGUUUAAAAACAACUGCAUUAGAAAUAAUGCGUGUUUGGGGGGCAGAAUGCAGAUUUUUUUUAUUUACGAAGCGUGAUCGCUAGCAAAAGCAUUAGUGCUUUUUAUCUGCAGUCUUUUUUAUGAGCUUUACAAAGUUUUUAGUCAGCUUUGCUUGUCACAUUGCAAAACCUAGCUUAAGAGCAUUAAAAAAAAAAACUUAAGUAGAUAGGAGCUUAUGGUCAAAAAGUGCAAAAAAAAAAAAAAAAACAAAAAAAGCAAUAGAUAGAGAAAUUGUUGACAAUUUCUGUAGUCUUUCCUAGUUGUGAUCAAAUUCAGCCUAUGGAUGGCCUAUUUUAUACCAAAGAUGAAGUGGCACCCUAUUGCAGUCCAGAAGAUAGAGGUUGUUUUCCAUUUCUUCUCUUUUCUUUUUAAGAAUUUUAUUUGACCUACAUGGCCGGACCAGUUCUUACUUUGUUAUUUGUUUAAACUACCUUCCACUGGUGUUUUAUAUACUGCAAAACAGAACACAACAAAAGGUGUUUUGUUUUUGUUUUUGUUCCUGUUUCUGUUUUUGUUUUUUUGUUAACAUGCAUUUGUUGAUUCUAGUAGAAAAGCUUGCACCUGCUGUGUUCAGCAGUUUCCGCAGGAAGAGUUCUGGAUACCAACUGACAGAGCCAAAUGGCUUUAUAUUCAAUCUGUGAGCUUUUCUGGUUCCUUACUAGCUCUCUUGAAUGGUGACACCUGUGUGGAUGGCCACUGAUAUGUGGAGACCCUUGUUUAACAGGUUGAAAUUCCUUUCUGUGAACUUUGAACUAAAGGUCCUUCCCGGAACUGGUCUGAAAGGUCACUUGUCAAAAAACAAAACAAAACAAAACAAAACAAAAAAAACAGCUUAGUGAUAUUCUGUUAAGUGAUGAGUGGUCUCCUGAAAAGGUCUCAUUGUAUUUGUAACAAUAGUCUUCCUUUUCAAUCCAACACCUCUAGGCUUUGUCUUCUCACCUCAGUCUUUGUUCAUCUACCAUGAAUAGUCACCUUGAUUCUGCAAGUGGGGAGGGGCUAUCUUCUUCUUGCCUCCUGUCAUUGCAUUUUCAUACCCUGGUGUUGUCAGAAGAAGGACAAAAAUAGACCUUUUGUUUCUGUUUAACUCUCUGAGACAAGUAGGACCAAUCAGAUUGAGGAUUCUGUUAGUGGAGUUUAGGUAAGCUUUUAAAAUGCUAGCUGACAAUCAAGAAAUUGUAUGAUUUAUAUUGAUAAGAACCAAAAGUAUUAGGUUUGCUCAAUCUUUAAAGCCAAAGGAGAUAUAUUUGCAUUGAGAAUGAUGCAAAACUUUGUCUAAAAUGAAUUAGAUUGACUUAACAAACAUCUCUGCAUAUUUGACUCAUGGAAUCCAUGUUCAACCUGUAUAGUUUUACCUGAAAUUAAGACUGAUGGAAGUUUGUUAGUUGAACCAUGCACCACAGUUGCUUUCUGAAGGGAUCAUUAGAAGCAAAGAGGGGAAAGUCUUUGCACAAACGAAGUCCAGGGAAAUUGUCUUAGUCCAGAGGGAAGAGGGAAAUGCGUGAAGUGCACUGUUAAAGAAAACAGGGUAGGCUUUUAAAAACUAC